AUGAAGGCCUCUUUCGGUACCGUUAUGGCCACUCUGGCCACCAGCGCUCUCGCUGCUCCUCUCCUCAACUCCGGUGCUCUUUCCGGUGUGACCUCUCUCACCAACCUCGGCUCUCUCGCCGGCCUGACCAGCCUCGUCGGUGACCUGACCCAGCUCGAGGGUGUUGACGGUAUUGCCGAUGUCCUCCAGCUCGGUGAUGUCACCAAGGAGCUGGACCUGGACAAUCUCCCUGUUGUCUCCAGCGUCGGUGACCUGACCAGCCUUCUUGGUGUCGCUUCCACCAGCGACAGCAGCGCCCCCGCUGUCCAGGACGGCCACCUCGUCCAGGACCUCGGCCCUCAGGUCCAGAAUGUCCUCACUAUCGUUGGUACUGACCUCCAGCCUCUCCUCCUUGAGCUGAGCCCCGAGGUUGCCGAGCUGGUUUCUUCUCUGGGUCUCGGUGCCCUUGGUGUUCCUCUUGGUUCCAUCGUUGCCUCUGCCAGCUCCCUCGGUGACCUCGUCACUGGUCUCGGUCCCCAGGUUGACGGUCUCGUCAUCGUUGUUGGUGCUGAUGUUGGUGCUGUCCUCGUUGCUGCUCUCGUCUCUGGUCUUGGUCUCCCCACCGUCGGUGUCCCUGUCGGCACCAUCCUCGCUACCGUCGGUACCUCCCUGAAGAAGCGUGGUGAGAUCGUCAACGACCUUGCCCCGGAGGUUAAGGAGAUCCUUACUGUCACCGGCCCCAACGCCAAGCAGCUGCUCGUUAAGCUCUCCCCCGAGGUUGCCGCUCUCGUCACUGGUCUCGGUCUCCCCGGUGUUGGUGUCCCCGUUGGCGAGAUCAUCAAGACCGCCGGCUCCGUCGGUGACCUUCUGGUCGAUGUCUCCGAGCCCCUUGACGAGCUCCUGACUGUUGUUGGCACUGACGGCAAGGCUCUGCUGAUCCAGCUCUCUCCUGAGGUUGCCCUGCUUGUCUCUGGUCUUGGUCUGACUGGCACUGGUGUCUCCGUUGGCUCCGUCAUUGCCACUAUUGGCUCCAACCUGUAA